CGGCAGUGAAAUAGAAGGGGAGAAUUAAGUCUGUGAGGAGAUCACACGGAGCUGAGCUCGUGUUCCAUGCUUCAUAUAAGCCUACGGAAUGGAGGAAAGACACAAAAGGAUUCUCCAACGCAAUAGGGUCAAUCUCGUGAGAGGCCUGGACCCAUCAGAAAUGUAUGAUGGACUUCUGUCAAAAGGAAUCUUUACUCAAGACAUGAUCGACGAGAUAAAGAGCUCAGGAACCAGACGAGACCAAGCCAGACAGUUGGUUCGAGACCUGGAGACCCGUGGGAGUCAGGCGUUCCCAGCUUUAAUAGAGUGCCUUCGUGAGAAAGGGCUGCAUAGUUUGGCAGAUCUCCUGUUGGCGGGGGAACCACAGAGCCAGCCUCUACCUCUGCCUGUCCAUGUCCGGCCAGUCGUUAGGCCUUUGCCAGUUUACUCUCAUAUGGACACUGACAAGCCUGUACAAGUGGUAACCCCUGUCUAUCCAACUCAAUCAGUUAGGGUUUUGCCAAUUACCCCUGUCUGUCCAAGUCAAUCAGUUAGACCUUUGCCUACGCCUACCACUCUCAGUCCAUCCCCUGAAAGGGAGUUUGGAAAACACAGGGCAACAGGAAGAGUUAGACGUGACAGUAUUCAGAGUUAUAAGAUGGAUGCCAGCCCCUGUGGACACUGCCUGAUCAUAAACAAUGUUGAUUUUGAGCCUCAGUCAGAGCUGAAUAACCGCACAGGGUCCAACAUAGACUGCGACAAACUGGAGAGAAGAUUUAAAUCCCUCAACUUUAUUGUCCUUGUCAAGACAAACCUGAAACAGAAGCAAAUAAGGCAGGAGCUAUCAGCUUUGUCCAAGAAGGAUCAUUCACAAUAUGACUGCUGUGUAGUGAUCAUGUUAUCACAUGGGACGGAGGUAAGUCACAAUCGCUUCCCUGGUGCAGUGCAUGGAGUGGACGGGCCCAAUGUCCCAGUUCAGCGCAUCACAAACUACCUCAAUGGUCAGAACUGCCCUUCCCUACAGGGCAAGCCCAAGCUCUUCUUCAUCCAGGCCUGUGGUGGAGGUGAGAGAGACACAGGCUUUGAGGUGACUCCUGACGAGGAUGGGCCUUGUAUUGGAGGAACAGAUGACCAGACGGAUGCCAUGCCCAUAUCCUCCAGCAGUGACUCUCUGAGCACUCCGUCUGAUGAGCCAGACGCUAGGGCCACACUGCCCACACCUAGCGACAUACUGGUGUCCUACUCCACCUUCCCAGGUUACGUCUCCUGGAGAGAUACAAAAGCUGGCUCCUGGUAUGUAGAAACACUGGAUAACAUCUUAGAAGACAAUGCUGCCACUGAUGACCUGGUCACCAUGUUAAUGAUGGUAAACCAUGACGUUUCACAGAACUCAGCCAAAGGCCUCUACAAACAAAUGCCUGGUUCCUUUAACUUUCUCCGCAAACUUCUCUACUUUCAAGUCCAGAGACCAAUCCAGGCAUGACAGCACAGUUUCACUCUCAGUCUCUUCGUGUGCCAUACAUUUUUAUUUUAUUUUUUUCCUCUAUCAAUGUUUAUUUGGAUAUCGAACAGGAAGACCAAGAUUGUAAUUGUAUGUUGUUUGUUCUUUUAAAAUGUUCUUUCUUUUCUUGUUUUUACACUCAAAAUGUUUGCGCUUACCAGAUUGCAAAAUCUUUGUGACAAUCAAAAACAUUGUAAUCAGUGAAAACCAAUGGUUUGCCUUGAGGAAGCUCUCUGCAAAAUAUUAAUCAGGACUGCACCCUCUAUAACCACUGAUUAUUAUUUGAUUGUGCUGGUCAUCUAUGAACCUUUGAACAACGAUUUGGCCUUA